AUGCAAUCAUUCAAACACGUCCCUCCACCUUCUUCUUCUUCUUCUUCUUCUUCUUCUUCUUCUUCUUCUUCUUCUUCUUCUUCUUCUUCUUCUUCUUCUUCUUCUUUGUGCCAUGGCCUUUCACGGCAUAUUUAUGGAACAAACACAUGCAAAGUUAGCAGUUAUUUUCUUUCUUUCUCUAUUUCUUUCUUUCUUUGUUUUAUUGCUUCUUUCUUUCUUUCUUUAAUUCAUUCUUUUUUCUUUUCUUCACUCCUUCUUUCUUUCUUUCUUUCUUUCAUCCCUUUUUUCUUCUUUCUUUCUUUUAUUGCUUCUUUCUUUCUUCCUUCUUUCUGCUUUUUUCUUUUAGUGCUACUUUCUUUCAUCCCUUCUUUCUUUCUUUCUUUCUUUCUUUCUUUACUUCAUUCUUUUUUUUUUUCUUCACCCCUUCUUUCUUUCUUUCAUCCUUUCUUUCUUUUUUCUUUUAUUGCUUCUUUCCUUCACCCUUUCUUUCUUUCUUUCUUUCUUUACUUCAUUCGUUUUUUCUUUCCUUCACCACUUCUUUCUUUCUUUCUUUCUUUCAUCCCUUCUUUCAUUCUUUCUUUUAUUGCUUUUCUUUCUUCCUUCUUUCUGCUUUUUUCUUUUAGUGCUUCUUUCUUUCUUUCUUUCUUUACUUCAUUCUUUUUUCUUUCCUUCACCCCUUCUUUCUUUCUUUCUUUCUUUCUUUCUUUUAUCCAUUCUUUCUUUCUUUCUUUCUUUCUUUCUUUUAUCCAUUCUUUCUUUCUUUCUUCCUUGUCUUCUUUAUAUCUUUCUUUCUUUUCCGGCAACUAA